GGUGGGAUAAUUUGAUUGAUUCGAGGGGAGAAGAGGAGCUCCGUGCCCUUCCCUGGCGGGCAUGAUUUGGUUUUUAUUUUAUUUUCACAAGUCGCAUUCUGAUUUGCUCGUGGAGUAAUAAUCAUAUACAGUAAUAAUAAGUUAUUAAGUGAUGAUAAUAUAUAAUAAAAGUAAUUUUAAUCCUCUGAUGAGAUGAUGUACGGCAGGCAGCAUGAGCAGCCGUGUCAUCCACCUCCUCCUCCUCUGCUCGACCACCACCACCACCACCGUCCCAGGAGGAGGCCCAGCAGCAGCAGCAGCAGCAGCAGCAGGAGCUCCUCCCCCGUCGUCUUCCUCCUCCUCUGUCAGGGUCAGGGUCCAGGUCGGGCUUCCUCCCGGCCGCCGCGCCAAAUCCCGUCUCGUUCUUCCGCCUCGCUGCGCAUCCUCAGCAGGUCAGGCAUGCCCAGGGCAUUCACAAUGUCGCAGGUGAAAAGGACUUUGGUGCCUACAUGUCACAUGACCUCUUCGAUGCUCAGCUCACUCCUUUGGGAUGGAGCCAAGUCGAUGGCCUGCGGGAGCACGUGAAGAAAAGUGGGCUUGCAGAGAAGAUUGAAUUGGUUAUUUCUUCCCCUUUACUGAGGACUAUGCAAACUGCAGUUGGGGUCUUUGGUGGUGAAAAGUAUACUGAUGGUGUAAAUGCACCUCCACUAAUGGUUGAAAAUGCUGGACACAGUGGACGUCCAGCAGUUUCAAGUUUGAACUGCCCCCCAUUUAUUGCAGUUGAAACCUGCAGAGAGCACUUGGGUGUCCAUCCCUGUGACAAGAGGAGGAGCAUAACAGAAUACCGGCCUCUCUUUCCUGCCAUUGAUUUUUCAUUGAUAGAGAAUGAUGAAGAUGUUCUUUGGGAACCAGAUGUGAGAGAAGCAAAUGAAGCUGUUGCAUUGAGGGGUAUGAAGUUUAUGGACUGGUUGUGGACAAGGGAAGAGAAAGAGAUAGCUAUUGUCAGUCACAGUGGUUUCUUGUUUCACACCUUAAGCAUGUACAGCAAGGAGUGCCAUCCAACCAUAAGAGACGAAGUUAGCAAGCACUUUGCAAACUGCGAGCUACGGUCAAUGGUGUUGGUUGACAGAAGCAUGCUUGGGUCAUAUUCUCCAAGAUUCAACUACCCUGGCAAGAUUCCAGCCGGACUAGAUCUGCCUAGUGAUAUUGCAGAUAAGAAGCUCGUUGAGGAAGCUGAGAAGAACUGAGGCAGCUUCAAAAGCAUUGAUAUUAUGACUUGAUUAUCAAGCCAUUCUGAUCUUUACGAAGCUUGCUUUGAAGAGGACAAGCUAAAGGGGCAUCUACAGAUAGGGCUUACAUUACACAUACCAUUUUGUUAAUCGAGAUGAACUACGCAGCAAUGUAUUAGCAUGUCUGCUCUCUUGUCUCGGCCUGUAUUCAGAUUCAGAGUAUUGGACUAGGAUCAUCUAUUUUUUAUGGUAAUAAUAACUGGAUCGCCUACAUUCACCAGGUGAUACAUGGCAAAGUUCGCUUGGUUUCCUAGAUGUUCUAGUCUAGGAUAUAAAAAACCUAGGGGUUGCUCUACUCUUGUCCACGCUAGCUAUUCUGGUUUCUGAUGGAUGGUGAUAAAACCGAUCCAUGUAUGGUUUUUGUUUCUACAGAUUAAAUUUGAUGGAUGGAUUCGUUGUAUUAUGGCUUUGCUUAUAUUUUUUA